AUGCCGGACAGUAAGUGUGGAGGACGGCUGCUGCAGUUGGCCGUGGCUCUGGUGGCUUUGCUGUCUCUCGCUGAGCUUGGACACUUUGCAGAGGUGGUGGACACCGAGGACAGCGAGCCGACGGCCAAGCAGACCGACUCCAGAGCCAGCAGGGCCAAGAGGAGGGGAGGGUCGGACGUCCUCAGAGGACCUAAUGUGUGUGGAUCAAGGAACAACGCUUACUGCUGCCCAGGCUGGAAGACUCUGACUGGAGGAAACCAGUGCAUUGUUCCGAUCUGCCGAAGUUCAUGUGGAGACGGUUUCUGCUCCAGACCCAACAUGUGCACCUGCCCCACCGGCCAGAUCUCCCCAGCCUGUGGAUCCAAGUCAGUCCAGAACUGUAACAUUCGGUGUAUGAACGGGGGAACAUGUGCUGAGGACAACUGCCAGUGUCAGAAAGGCUACGUGGGGAACCACUGUGGGCAACCGGUUUGUGAGAAUGGCUGCCUUAAUGGAGGAAGGUGUGUGGCCCCCAACAAAUGCGUGUGUACCUACGGCUUCACCGGGGCUCAGUGUGAGAGAGAUUACCGCACCGGGCCGUGCUUCGCCUCGGUGCACAACCAGAUGUGCCAGGGCCAGCUCACAGGCAUUGUGUGCACAAAGACUUUGUGCUGCGCCACAGUGGGACGGGCGUGGGGUCACCCCUGCGAGAUGUGCCCUGCCCAGCCUCACCCCUGUCGAAGAGGGUUCAUACCAAAUCACCGCUCCGGGGCGUGCCAAGAUGUGGAUGAGUGCCAGGCCAUCCCUGGCCUCUGUCAAGGAGGAAACUGUAUCAACACAGUGGGAUCCUUUGAAUGUAAAUGCCCCGCUGGGCACAAGUUCAACGAGGUCUCACAGAAAUGUGAUGAUCUGGACGAGUGUUCAAACAUCCAAGGUCUUUGUGGUGUAGGUGAAUGCUCUAAUACUGUUGGCAGCUACAUCUGUAAGUGUCCCCAGGGAUAUUACACAUCUUUGGAUGGAUCCAAGUGUAUAGAUUCUCGUGGAGGGUACUGCUACGCUAGCGUGCUGAAUGGGCGCUGCGCCAACCAAAACUCGCAGCUGUUGACCAAAAUGCAGUGCUGCUGUGAUAGUGGACGCUGUUGGUCUGACGGAUCCUCCCCGGAAAUGUGUCCCUUUCGUGGAUCAGAAGAGUACCAGAAACUGUGCAUCCAGAUACCUGAUGGGAACAAUGGAGUGGUUCCUGGUCGUGUCCCAGGGAGUCCCGACCUCCCUGCCAUCUACCCACUUCCAUAUCCUGGUCAAAAUCCUGGCCAGUUACCCCUGUAUCCUGGUCAAAAUCCUGGCCAGUUACCCCUGUAUCCUGGUCAAAAUCCUGGCCAGGUACCCGUGAUCCCAGGACAAUUCCCAUUUCCAGGACAACUACCUUUACAGCCUCGACCAGGAUCCGGGAUUAUCCUCACGCAGAACAUCACCAACAUGUGUCAGGCCUUCCGUAACCUCUGCCUGAAUGGCAGGUGCAUCCCCAUGCCGAGCAUUGGAUAUCGUUGUGAGUGCAACAUGGGCUUCAGGUUGGAUGGAAGAGGAGAGUGCUUGGAUGAUGACGAAUGUGAGAGAAGCCCAUGUGCACACGGAGAGUGUGUGAACACCCCAGGGUCUUACAUCUGUCAGUGUCCUGCUGGAUUCCAGACUACUGCAACCAGGACAGAGUGCAGAGAUCUGGAUGAGUGUGUUGCUAACGGUCGCAUCUGCAAUAACGGCCGCUGUGUGAACACUGUGGGCAGCUUCCAUUGUGUCUGCAAUGCUGGAUUUGAGAUUACAUCUGACGGCAAAAACUGUCAAGACCAGGACGAGUGUCUGAUCAGGAACAUGUGCCUCAAUGGACUGUGUAUCAAUGAUGAUGGUAGCUUCAAAUGCAUCUGCAAACCUGGAUUCUUGCUUGACGGCAAUGGACGCAUGUGUGUAGACAUUGAUGAGUGUGAGACUCCAGGCAUGUGUAUGAACGGCCACUGCAUCAACACGGAGGGCUCCUUCCGCUGUGAGUGUAUGGCUGGGAUGGCAGUGGGCCUGGAUGGACGGGUCUGUGUUGAUACACAUAUGCGCAGUUCUUGUUAUGGUGGCUACAUGCGAGGGCAGUGUGUUAGACCGUUAUUUGGAGCUGUUACCAAGUCAGAGUGCUGCUGUGCCAGCAUCGAGUACGCCUACGGAGAGCCCUGCCAACCCUGCCCACCAGAAAGCUCUGCUGAUUUCCUGGCUCUGUGCCCCAGUGGCCCUGGCAUCAGCGGCGAUGGAAGAGAUAUUAACGAAUGUGCCCUCGACCCUGAUAUCUGCCAGAAUGGAGUGUGUGAGAAUAUGUUGAGGACAUACAAAUGCACCUGCAAUGAAGGCUUUGAAAUAGACCUGACGGGCAAAAACUGUGUCGAUAUUGAUGAGUGUCUGAUGAACCGUCAGCUGUGUGAUAACGGUCAGUGCAGGAACACACCGGGCAGUUUCACCUGCCACUGUCCCAAAGGAUUCGUCUUUGAUCCCGAAACAGACGUCUGCGAGGAUGUGGAUGAGUGUCUGUCCAACCCCUGUAUUAACGGAGACUGUAAGAACAGCCUGGGGUCCUUUGUGUGUUUGUGUUCAACCAGCAGUUCACUGGACAGCACUGGGAUGGAGUGUAUAGAGACUACUAAGAGCACCUGCUGGCUUAAGAUAGUCAAUAAUCGCUGUGAGGUCAACAUCAACGGGGCCACACUAAAGUCCCACUGCUGCGCCACACUGGGAGAAGCCUGGAACAGCCCGUGUGCCAAAUGUGAAAAAGAUCCAUUCUGUGGUAAAGGCCUUGCUAGGGUCAAAGGAAAUAUCUGUGAAGAUGUGGAUGAGUGUCGAGUGUUUCCCGGAGUGUGUAUCAAUGGAAAGUGCAUCAACACACCGGGCUCCUUCUUCUGCCAGUGCCCUCCAGGAAUGACUGUGGAUAUCAGCGGCAGGACGUGCAUUGACCUGCGUAUGGAGCACUGUUAUCUCACCCAUGAGGACGAGCGCUGUGUGGCUCCCAUCUCUGGUAAGCAGCGAGUAGACGCCUGCUGCUGCUCCGUGGGUGUAGCCUGGGGCCCUGAGUGUGACGAGUGUCCCGAGAAAGGGACUCCAGAAUACAACCAGCUCUGUCCUCGUGGACCAGGCUUCUCGCACAGGGGCGACUUCAUCAACGGCAGACCCUUCCUCAAAGAUUUAAAUGAAUGCAGAAUGAUAAACACGCUGUGCUCAAAUGGAAGGUGUAGAAACACCAUCGGCAGUUUCCGUUGUCGCUGUGAUAACGGCUAUGCUCUGGACUCUGAUGAGAGGAACUGCACUGACAUCGACGAGUGCCGCAUCUCUGUGGACUUGUGUGGGCAGGGCAGGUGUAUAAACACAGCCGGAGAUUUUGAAUGCGAGUGCUUCGAAGGAUACGAAAGUGGCUUUAUGAUGAUGAAAAACUGCAUGGACAUCGAUGAGUGUGAGAGGAACCCUCUGCUGUGCCGCGGUGGUGAGUGUCUGAACACGGAGGGCAGCUUCCAGUGUUUGUGCCCCGAUGGACACGAGAUCGCCCCCGACGGGUCAGCCUGUCUAGAUAUCAAUGAAUGUGACUUGAGUGACAGGCUGUGCAGGAACGGACAAUGUGUCAAUAUGAUCGGCCGCUACCAGUGCACCUGUGACACUGGAUACAAAUCCACCGAGAACAGAGUGGAGUGUGUUGACAUCGACGAGUGUACGAUUGAGAAUGGUGGCUGUGAGACGUUCUGCACCAACUCAGAGGGGAGCUAUGAGUGCAGCUGCCACAGUGGAUACGCCCUGAUGCCCGAUCUGAGAACCUGCACUGAUAUUGAUGAGUGUGAGGAGAGCCCAGACAUCUGUGAUGGAGGCCAGUGUACCAACACCCCAGGGACGUACCAGUGUCUGUGCUAUGACGGGUUCAUGUCAUCUGAGGAUAUGAAGACCUGCCUGGAUGUGGAUGAGUGUGAGCUGAAUCCAGACAUCUGCCUGAGUGGGAACUGUGAGAACGCGAAGGGAUCCUUCAUCUGCCACUGUGACCCGGGAUACUCGGUCCGCAAGGGAACCACAGGCUGCACAGACGUCAAUGAGUGUGAGAUCGGAGCCCAUAACUGUGACAGACAAGCUACCUGCACCAACACAGCUGGCGGCUUCAAAUGCCACUGUGCUCCAGGAUGGAUUGGUAAUGGCGUCAAAUGUACAGACCUGGACGAGUGCUCCAACGGGACACACAUGUGCAACAACAACGCUGAAUGUCUCAACACCAUGGGCUCAUAUCGCUGUGCAUGCAAGGAGGGAUUCUCUGGAGAUGGAUUCUACUGCUCAGACAGUGAUGAGUGUGCAGACAACGGCAACCUGUGUGAGAGCGGCCACUGUCUGAACCUCCCCGGAGGAUACCGCUGUGAAUGUGACAUGGGCUUCAUACCCACUCCUGACCAGAAGUCCUGCGAGGACAUAGAUGAAUGUACCUUUGCUGACAUCUGUGUCAAUGGACGCUGCCAGAAUAUUCCAGGACUGUUCAGAUGUGAUUGUAGUCUUGGCUAUGAACUGGACAGGAGUGGAGGCAACUGCACAGACAUCAAUGAAUGUGCAGACCCGACCAUCUGCAUUAAUGGAGUCUGUGUCAACAUCCCUGGAAGUUACCUCUGUAACUGUCCUGCAGACUUUGAGCUCAACCCCACCCGGGUGGGCUGUGUAGACACUCGUUCUGGAAGCUGCUACCUGGAUGUGCGUUCCCGUGGAGAUGCUUCAGAGAGCUUGGACUGCUCCAAUGAGAUUGGAGUUGGUGUUUCCAAAGCGUCCUGCUGCUGCUCUCUGGGUCAGGGCUGGGGGAACCCGUGUGAAUCCUGCCCCGCUCUCAACUCAACUGAGUACAAGACGCUGUGUCCUGGAGGAGAAGGCUUCAGACCAAACCCCAUCACUGUCAUCUUGGAAGACAUCAAUGAGUGCCAGGAGCUGCCAGGCUUGUGCCAGGGAGGACAGUGCAUCAACACCUUUGGCAGCUUCCAGUGCGAGUGCCAGAAAGGAUACAGUCUCAACGCUGACACCAGAGUCUGUGAAGAUGUUGAUGAGUGUGAACGACCAGGCAUCUGCGGCCCAGGCCAGUGCUACAACACCAUCGGGAACUAUACCUGUAUGUGCCCUGUGGACUACAUGCAGGUCAAUGGAGGGAACAACUGCAUGGACAUAAGGAAGAGCUACUGCUACAGGAACUUUUACUCUUACAACGAAACUUGUGAUGGAGAGCUGACCUAUAACAUGACCAAAAAGAUGUGCUGCUGCUCCUACAACAUUGGCCGCGCAUGGAAUAAACCCUGUGAACAGUGUCCCGUGCCCAGUACCGAUGCGUUUGCGAUCCUGUGCGGCAGUGAGAGACCAGGAUAUUACAUCGACAUCACCACUGGACGGGUCAUUGAUAUUGAUGAGUGCAGGGAGAUCCAAGGAGUGUGUGAGAACGGCGUGUGCAUCAACAUGAUCGGCAGCUUCAGGUGUGAGUGCCCCAUCGGCUUCAUCUACAACGACAAGCUGUUGAUUUGUGAAGAUAUCGAUGAGUGUCAGAACGGGCCGGUGUGCCAGCAGAACGCGGCCUGCCUGAACCUCCCCGGAAGUUUCCGCUGCGAGUGUAAACCCGGAUAUCGCUUCACCCCCACUGGGCAAUGUCAAGACCGUAAUGAAUGCAAUGAGAACCCUGGUAUAUGCAAUCCUGGUAGUUGCAUUGACAUGCUGGGGAGUUACCGCUGCCACUGCCCCAACGGCUUCAAAACAACACGGGACCAGUCCAUGUGUGUUGACGUGGACGAAUGUGAGAGGCAGCCCUGUGGCAACGGGACCUGCAAAAACACGGUGGGCUCCUACAACUGCCUGUGCUACCCCGGCUUCCAGAACUCACACAACGGGGACUGCAUAGAUGUGGAUGAGUGUUCCACGCAGAGGGGCAUGUGUAGAAACGGGCAGUGUCUGAACUCCUUGGGCUCGUUCCUCUGUGUGUGCAACGACGGCUAUGAGCUCACUCAAGACGGCAGACUCUGUACAGAUAUCAAUGAAUGUGCAGUGAAUCCAGGCACAUGCGGUGCUGGAACUUGUGUGAAUCUGGAUGGCUCUUACAGGUGUAUCUGCCCAUUGGGCUACUAUCUCCAUGAGGAGACCUGUGAAGAUAUUGAUGAGUGCUCCCUGUCGCCCGAGAUGUGUACAUUUGGAACCUGCGCCAACAAUGAAGGAAGCUUCACCUGCUUGUGUCCAGACGGCUUCCAGGUCUCUGCCUCCGGACGCAGAUGUUUAGAUAUCCGUGUGAACUACUGCUACACCAGGUUUGAAAAUGGCCACUGCCAGGCUCCAAAGCCUCAGAACACUUCCAAGGCGGAGUGCUGCUGCACUAUGAUGCCAGGUCAAGGCUGGGGAGACCCCUGUGAAAUCUGCCCCACCGACGGAGAGGAGGGUUAUCCUCUUCUCUGUCCCAAUGUGGGAUACGAACAGGGGAAAGAUGACCACCCAAAAGAUAUUGAUGAAUGCCUCAAUGAUCCCUGCAUCAAUGGCGAGUGCAUCAACAUAGACGGCGCUUUCCGCUGCGAGUGCCCAAUGGGAUACAAUCUGGACAUCAGUAAAGUCAAGUGUGAAGACACUAAUGAGUGUGCCAUUGGCAAUCCAUGUGGAAACGGCACAUGCACUAAUGUUGUUGGUGGCUUUGAGUGUGCGUGUGAUGACGGCUUUGAGCCUGGGUCAAUGAUGACCUGUGAAGACAUCAACGAGUGCUCCCAGAAUCCUCUGCUGUGUGCCUUCCGCUGCGUUAACGUGGUGGGCUCGUACGAGUGUAAAUGUCCCACAGGCUACGUGCUGCGCGAUGACAAGAGGAUGUGUAAAGAUCAGAAUGAGUGUGAGGACGGUAUAGAUGACUGUGCCAGCAGAGGCAUGACCUGCAAGAACCUGAUUGGUACAUACAUGUGCAUCUGUCCCCCUGGAUACAUGCGGCAGCCCGGCGGAGAUGGUUGCAUUGAUCUGAAUGAGUGUACAGCCAAACCAGGUACCUGUAAGAAUGGCCGUUGUGAGAACACAGUGGGAAGCUUCCGCUGCAGAUGUGACCAAGGAUACGUCGCUAACCCCACACAGACUGAAUGUAUCGAUAACCGAGAAGGCUUCUGCUUCACUGAGGUUUUGACCACCCUGUGUCAGAUGACUUCUAGCAACAGGAACUUGGUGACCAAGUCCGAGUGUUGCUGUGACGGAGGCAGAGGCUGGGGCACAAGCUGUGAGCUCUGCCCCCUGCCCGGGACCACUCAGUACAAGAAGAUGUGUCCUCUGGGACCCGGGUACACCACCGAUGGCAGAGAUAUUGAUGAGUGUCGUGUGAUGGGCAACUUGUGCAAGAACGGUCAGUGUCUCAACACUCUGGGCUCCUAUAGCUGCACCUGCAAAACCGGCUACACUACUGACAUCAGCAGCACACAGUGUGUGGAUGUGGAUGAAUGCAUACAAGCACCAAAGCCUUGUAAUUUCAUCUGUAAGAACACAGAGGGAGCAUACCUCUGUUCCUGCCCCCGUGGAUACAUCCUACAGGAAGAUGGAAAGACCUGCAGAGAUCUGGAUGAGUGUUCGACAAAGCAGCAUAACUGUCAGUUCUUGUGUGUUAACACUAUCGGAGGGUUUACCUGCAAAUGUCCUCCUGGCUUCACCCAGCAUCAUACAGCCUGCAUAGACAACAAUGAAUGUGCAUCCGACCCCAACAUGUGUGGCUCCAACGGGGCCUGCCAGAACACUCCAGGGAGCUUCAACUGUGAUUGCCAGCGGGGAUUCUCGUUAGAUCCCAAUGGACAAAGCUGUGAAGAUAUGGAUGAGUGUGAUGGAAACCACAGGUGUCAGCAUGGCUGUCAGAACCUGGUGGGUGGAUACAGGUGCAGCUGUCCUCAAGGCUACCUGCAGCACUACCAGUGGAACCAGUGUGUAGAUGAGAACGAGUGUCAGACCAGCCAGAUCUGCGGCGGAGCGUCAUGCCACAACACCCUGGGGAGCUUCCGCUGCCUCUGCCCCACCGGCUUUAACUACGAGCAGACAGGCGCGGGCUGCUCAGACGUCAACGAGUGCUCCACCAGCCAAAACCCCUGCAAGUUCGGCUGCUCCAACACGGACGGGGGCUACCUCUGUGGAUGUCCCACUGGGUACUUCCGUGCAGGACAAGGGCACUGUGUCACAGGUCUGGGCUUCACUAGUGACGGCUCCAGUGCUGAACCGGAAGGUGAGGCAGAUGAUAACUCUCUGUCCCACGAGGCCUGCUAUGAAUGUAAGAUCAACGGAUAUCCCAAGAAGGGACGCAAACGCCGCAGCACCAACUCGACACAGGAGGAUCCUCAGGACAACUCGCAGCUGACUGAGGAGAUGGUGAGCCUGGCCAGUGUGGACAUCGAGGACACGCUGCACAUCCACCUGAACAUCAGCGACCUGAGCAACCGCGACCACAUCCUGGAGUUCACCCCGGCCUUAUCCGCGCUCAGUGACCAUGUGCGCUACAGCAUUGACUACGGAAAUGAAGAAGGCUACUUCAAGAUAAAUCAGAGAGAGGGCGUUAGCUACCUGCAUCUGAGCAAGAAAAAGGCCCUGCUCUCAGGGGCAUACUCCCUUCAGAUCAGCAGCGUGCCCACGUACAGGAAGAAGGAGCUGGCUGAGCUGGAGGAUCAACACGAUAAAGACUACCUCACAGGACAGCUGGGAGACAUACUGAAGAUGAGGGUGCAGAUCGUCCUUCAUUAACCAUCACAAGACUGAGACAGGCAGAUGUUGCUGGCAGCUGCUAAUUCAGUGUCAGGCUCACACUUCCAAAAAAAGCUAAAACAUCUCUGACUCUGGAUCAGCAGUCAGGGGCAACUUCUACUUGCUCCCACAGGGAGAUCGGCUCGCCACCAAAGAGACAAGAAGGAGGGUUGGCAAAAGAUGCCAAAGAUGAUUCUACAUAUCAUAGAUACAAAGAUGCAAAAGAUUGCCAAAGAUGAUUCUACAUAUCAUAGAUACAAUUUCUGUGGAAAAAGCCAGCUGAUUAAGGCGAUAUGAUAGAUUUCAGUCAAAUGAAGAACACAUUGCCCUAACACACAACAUCAGCAGUGUGUGAAGCACUAGAAAGAUUGUGAAUGGUUUUUCAGGUUAGGGUUUAACGUUGUAAGAUGAUAUGUGGAAUCAAGUGCCACUUUGAAAGGGCAUGAGGACUGCAGAAAGAACUUUAUAGAACUAAGCUUAGGUGAGAGGAAAGAGUGAGUCCCAAUAGUCUGCGAUGAAUUCAUUUCCUCCCCUCAGGUAAAUAACCGACCAAACCUGCAUACAUGAAAGUAAACACAUUUCUUCUUUCCAUAGUUAUUAAUUUCAUGGAGUGAAGAUGAAAGAAUGUUAUGGGAAUGUUUAGGAGAGGAAAGGAAUCAACCAUGAACUAUUGAGAUGUAGCCAUGUCUGAGCUUGAAUGACUCCUACUGCAUAUUUAAACUAUGCUUUUCCAUCUUCCCUACUGACUAGAAUAAUUCAUAUUUACUGGUGCUAGCAACCCAACUACAUAGACAUCUGAAUGCACUGUAUUACUAUACAAAACUCAGUAGUCAACAAUUAUACAAUUCUAUUGGUCAUUCUGAAAAUGUCAUGUCUUUGCAACAGUAACAGCUAGCUUCAUAGCCUGUCUGCUCUCUAUACUACAUGUAAAUUGUGUUUAUACUGUAAUAAUCGAUGCCACUUUUAAUCUAUGAAGCAUUUGUAAACUAGAGGAAGCCCCUGGAAUAGAGGGGUUUGUAAUGGUGCUUAUAAUGACCAACUACUUCCUUUGUAAACUGUGUAUACAUACACACCUGCACACACACAUUGAUAAUGCCAAACCUGGGCCUUCAUGAUUAUGCACUGAGGUCUUAGUGGCCACACAUUCUCUCACAAAUACAAUCAGUGCUGCAUUGCCACGGACCAGCCUGACACCAGUCUGUGUUCUCUGUUCACAUCAGUGAGGGUUUAGUUGUAAAUUCACAAUAAAAACAUAUUUUUGGUGUACAAGUA